GGAGCACUCGAGCUGAUUCGAUCAAAUGCAUUGGGCGUACGCUUAUAGACUCGAUGAACCCAGUCAUCGUGAAGCCAGUCGGCACGCGUGCGAGCGGGUCCUCGAAUGAACCUCUUCUCGGCUCAGUUGUCGCAACUCCAAGCCGCCACACUCCGCUUCCGCGACCUCCUCAAAGCCUGCAUCGGCCGGCGCGACCUCACCGCCGGCCGCGCCCUCCACGCCCUCUUCCUCAAGUCCUUCGUUCCCCCCUCCACCUACCUCGCCAACCACUUCGUCCUUCUCUAUUCGAGCUGCGGCCAGCUCGCGCUCGCUCACCAGUCGUUCGAUGAAAUUUCCCACCCGAACGUCUUCUCCCACAACGCCCUCCUCGCCGCUUAUGCCCGCCUGUCCCACCCCGACGCAGCUCAUCGCCUCUUCCUACGGAUCCCCUUUCCUGACCUCGUAUCCUACAACACCCUCCUCUCUGCCUUUGCCGCUGCGGAUGGCGCCUGCUCCCUCGAUUCCGUCCGCCUUUUCUCACACAUGCGCCGCCUUGGCUCUGAUGCCGAUGGCUUCACCCUCUCCUCUGUCAUCUCCUCUGUUGUUGAUGACGUCGAACAGUUACACUCGCUUGCUAUCGCCUCGGGUCUUGACUCGUAUGUAUCUGUCAACAAUGCUCUUAUCAGCAGCUAUAGUAAAGGUGGCCUCUUGAAUGAAGCCGAAAGGGUUUUUGGUGGGAUGGUGACCUCGCGAGAUGCUGUUUCUUGGAACUGCAUGAUCGUGGCUUACGGGCAGCACCGGCGAGGACCGAAAGCUCUCAACUUGUUUCAGGAAAUGAUGAGGAGGGAAUUCGAAGUCGACAUGUACACGCUGGCGAGUCUGCUGACAGCAUUCACAUCAGUGAAGGACUUAGAUGGCGGUGCACAAUUCCAUGCACAGCUGAUCAAGACGGGUUUUGAGAGGAAUUCACAUGUCGGAAGUGGUCUGAUUGAUCUGUACUCGAAGGUCGGUCAGAUACGCGACGCAAGGAAAGUUUUCGAGGAGGUUGAUGAUCCUGAUUUGGUUGUAUGGAACACUAUGAUCUCGGGGUACUCUGUCAAUGAUGAGUUCUCCGAGGAAGGUAUCCAAUGCUUUCGUGAGAUGCAGCGAGCCGGUUUCAGGCCUGAUGAUUGCAGCUUUGUCUGUGCAAUCAGUGCGUGCUCAAAUCUGUCAUCCCCAUCUCAAGGGAAGCAAAUGCAUGGACUGACGAUUAAGACUGAGUUUCCAAGCAACCAAAUCUCGGUCGACAAUGCACUAAUUUCCAUGUAUUCAAAAUGUGGCAAUCUCAGGGAUGCUCAUAUGCUGUUCAAGAGGAUGCCCAAACAGAAUGUGGUCUCGUUCAACACAAUGAUCGGGGCAUAUGCUCAGCACGGACUUGGAUUAGAAGCGUUGGUUCUGUUCAAAGAGAUGCUUAAUUUGGAUCAUGUGCCCACGAGCAUCACUUUCAUUUCUGUGCUUUCCGCGUGUGCUCACACCGGAAGGGUUGAUGAGGGUUGGAAGUACUUCAAUUCUAUGAAACAAAAGUAUGAUAUUGAACCUGGAGAAGAGCAUUACUCGUGCAUGCUAGAUCUUCUGGCUCGAGCUGGGAAGUUUGAUGAGGCUGAGGGGCUAGUCAAGAGAAUGCCAUUUGAUCCAGGCUUGAUUGGAUGGUCUACAUUACUCAGUGCUUGUCGGACCCAUGGAAACUUGGAGCUGGGUGCAAUGGCUGCAGAGAAGCUUCUUCAGCUGGAGCCUGCUAAUGCAGCUGCCUAUGUGAUGCUGUCAAACAUGUAUGCUAGCACAGGUAGAUGGGAUGAGUUUGCGACAGUUAGAAAGCUGAUGAAAGACAGAGGGGUAAGGAAGAAACCGGGUUGCAGUUGGAUUGAACUGGAGAAGAAAAUCCAUGUGUUUGUUGCUGAUGAUGUUACACAUCCAAGGAUUAAGGAUAUCUGCCAGUUCUUGGAGGAGAUGUCGAAGAAGAUGAAGCUAGCCGGGUAUGUCCCAGAUGUGAGAUGGGCUCCCAUAAGGGAUAAUAUUACAGGAGAGACAAGGGCUGGAUACCACAGUGAGAAACUUGCUGUUGCAUUCGGGUUGAUCAGUACUGCCGAAGGAGUACCAAUAUUGGUGGUGAAGAAUCUUAGAAUAUGUGGAGAUUGCCAUAGUUCGAUCAAGUUUAUUUCUGCAAUCACUGGAAGGGAGAUUACUGUGAGGGAUGCACAUAGGUUUCAUUGUUUUAGCGAUGGCAAUUGCUCCUGUGGAGAUUUCUGGUGAAGACUCUCAAGCAGACUAAGUUUUCUUGCAAAGCAUAAUAACCAAGCUUGAAGCACCUAAGGAGUGGGAUUCCAGGUUCUGAUUCUUCCCAAUAUCUCCACAUAUGCAACAUUUGCACUGCAAGCUGAGAUUUUAAGCUCUUUGUGUUAAUUGCUGGUGGUGUUACCCAAAGUCAUGACCUACAAGAUCCUAAUAGUUGCAAGUGUUGGUGAUACAGCUUCCAUCAUGCUGGGGCUGCAGCUGACACAGUGUAUCACCAUUGAAACAAAGAGGUGUGUUUUCACUAAACCCCUCAACUUCAUUCACUAGGUGGAAAUAAAUUAGAGGAUUUGUAUUGAUCCAAAAUUACUUCUAAUAUUUGUACACUGGAUUAGUUUAAUUCUUUUCUUUUUCAAAACAGUGAUUGAAUAUUUAUUAUUAUCAAUCAUGAGGUCAAUGGUCAUUGACUUUGUCCAUUGACUUUGUACACUUGAUAAUCUGCUGUUAGGUGGAAAAGUCAAUGUCCUUUCAAUUUCUGACAAAUGCAUGAUAAAAAGAACCAAUUUGGUAGAGUUUUCCUAGUGUCCAUAUUGACAAUAUAUUGUGGCUCACAGAUUUUUCCACUACAAAUUACAAAGGUUUUGUCAGAUAUAAUUUGCUUCAAAAGCAAAAAAAAGGUAUUUUAUACAUACAUGAAUUGAACCCAUCAAACGAGAGCUCUGAUUGGUGGGAUUUGGUGGACUGUAUUGGAUAUGGUCCGCUGAAUCCACGCCCAUGUCUUGGGCCUUUAAUGCGAACAUGAUCGAUAUCGGAGCCCAAGGGAGAGUUCGUGGGUCGGAUCUUAUUGUGUAAACCGACCUAUUUCCGACCCGAGUGCGAAAUAAGACACCCUCCCUUGUAUACCAACAAGCUAUUCCGAAAAGAAGACGCGGACGAGGCGGUUCGCUCGCCGCUCUCGUUUCUUCCGAGGCCAUUGCCGACCGAGUCAUUCUCCAGAUCCAUCCUUGGUUUCGAGAACUCUUUCGUGUUCCUCCCCCCUAUCAGCGAUCCGUCGAAGCAUGCCUGUGAACUGAGCCUCUCAACUUGGAGCUUUGUUUUGGAGAUGAGCCCCAAUGACAGGCAGGGCGACCAAAACACGUGGCAGGAGAGGAGUACGCGUCCAGGGGUUGGGGAUUUAUUCUCUCCGUAUUGAUUAGUGCCACCGCCAUCACCUUUGCGUAGGAUUCUAUCUCUAACAUCGCAACAACUUGAUAUGCUGUUGUGGAGAUAGUUAGAAGGGGACUGAGUAAAUCUGACAUUACUUAUGUGGUUUCAUUACUUAAGUGGAAUUCCUCAAUGGAAGGGAGAUCGUGGAGUUUGUAAGAGUUUCAUCACAGCAUCACCGAAAAAGAUUGAGAUUUCAGAGCAAAAGCCACGGAAUACAAUACGGCCCCUGAUCAAAACCAAGACAAUAAAGGUGUCAUCACUCGCAUCUCCUCAUCUUGCAUUGCUAUGCUACUUUUUUCUUACCCAUCUCGUGUCUGCAAAAAUUGUUUGACAACUUUCUUUGUGUCUCUCUUUAAUGAGAGAGCAAAGGAUGCAUUCUUGUGCUGCAGAAGUUGCUGAGGUGAAGCUGGAGAGGAGGAAUGGGAGAUGUCCAUACUUGCAGCUGUAAAUGUGGAGAGCAUGACAGAGGAGAAAACAGGGUAAGACGUCUAUUUUUUAAGUUUUGAUUUAAUGUACACCAUUAUUAUGACGGAAAAGAAAAAGUGCUUGGUAGAUUUAAGUUGGCAUGGGCGGUCCUGCUGAAAAGAGAAACGAAUCCAAAAGAAAUAAGAUGUAGGGUGUUUGACCAGCUCACCCUACCGCAUUAAGAAACGAAUGCAUAUGAGGUCGAUGGAAGGGGAGGAUUCGUGAUGCGAAAGGUGGGAAGCAUCGAGGUUGGAAGGAACAAGGCAUCCCUCCAUUGUCUAUUCUAUGUCGCAUGGCGUGUCAUAUUCUUGCAUGCAAAGCUGCUCGCUCCACCACGAAACUUUUGUUUGGCAUAGGGCCCCCGCCCUUGAGCACGCCUGCACGCCUUUCCCAAAGAAAAAAUAAGAGGCUGCUUUGGACGUGGGCCACCCUUCUUUCU